AUGGAAAUAGACCAGUUAAAGUCUGCAACAGAAGAUCAGAUGGAGAUGAUGAUGCUGAUGGACAAGCUUCCCGAGUUCUACGGUGCCUAUAACGAUGUUGCUGAUCAUUUAUCCCCAACUGCGUUUCUUGCUGCUGGUGCAAGUAAUAGCUCCAUCCCGCAUUUCAAUACUGAUAACCCACACAUUGCUAGCUCACCUCCAUUUAUGAACCCACCAUCCAAUCUAUCUUUCGAUAGUAACAACACCCCAAUUCAAGACCAAUCCCCGCAACCUUUCUUAUCCAAUCCAUCUUCAUCAAGAUGGAGAGGUCUUGGUGAAUUACCAGGCACUGCAAAUGAUUAUGCUACACCUUCACAAAAGAAGAAUUCAGUGGCAGCAAUGAGGGAGAUGAUAUUUCGAAUUGCAGCCAUGCAGCCAAUUCACAUAGACCCAGAAUCAGUGAAGCCACCAAAACGUAGGAAUGUGAAGAUAUCAAAAGAUCCGCAAAGUGUUGCUGCACGCCAUAGAAGAGAAAGGAUAAGUGAGAGAAUAAGGAUACUUCAAAGACUAGUCCCUGGAGGGACUAAAAUGGACACUGCCUCUAUGUUAGAUGAAGCAAUUCAUUAUGUUAAGUUCUUGAAGACCCAAGUGCAGUCACUUGAGAGAGCUCAGGCUAAUAGGCCAACAACAACAGCUGGGAUUGGAUUUCCUGUGGCAAUGACUAGUGGAAGUUACCUCCCAAUGGGAAAAGGAUAUCACCAACAGCCUGCUCAUUAUCAUCAAAAUGUUCAGCACUAUGGAGAUGCUUAG